GUCGUGCAGCAAUUGACAGACUCUCCGUCCAAGGAGUUGAUACCAAGUGCCAGAAAGCUUUACUCUCCUCUCGGGCAAGGACCAUACCAGGAGCUCGUUGAUGCAGAGCUCUUCAUUGGAUUCUUCGAGGGAGAAGAGGGUGUAGUUGGAAUUUCCGUGAAGUCGGUCCAUGGCCUCACAGUCGGCUUCACAAACCCUACGUUUGUUCGUGCGACUCUUCGUCAAAGCUGUGCUGGGGCAGUACAGAGUCUGCCGGCCAAAGUUCGAGACGUCACGGAAGUCAGAAGCCAGACCGUGAACCCUCACUGGGGCGAGAUUUUAGAGUUCGAGAUUCCCGUCUUCGUCGGGGAUCGCCACGUCUCGCACAGUCCUGACUACCGCCUUCACUUUCAGCUGUUUGGCAAGGAGCGGAUGAACUCCGACAAACUCCUGGCAGAGCUGUUCAUACCGCUAGCAGAUGCUAUCCGUGCAGACGGCCAGAAGGCACAGUCCUUCGAACUGAAGCCGACAGAGCAGCUGUUGCGGGGCAAGAAGGCCAAGAGAAGCAGUGCAGCGAGCGACACGGACAAGCCAACUCUCUGUUUGGCCUUCCAGGCCAUCGUGCCCUGUCCAAAGCAGAUUCAGUGCACAGUGGAGCGUCUCGACAAUGUUAAGUAUGCCGGCACAGUGGACAAAAACCUUCAAGUUCGGAUGUGCUUUGUGGAAGGCGAUGCGAUGCUGUCACAUACGACAGUGAGAACUUCCGUGAAGCAGCAAACAGUCAAACCGGUCUGGAAGCAACGAUGUGUCUUUGACAUGCCAGCACAGCUUCUGCGCUCCGACUUUGAACCUCGCCCUCCUUCUGUCCGGAAGGGAUGGGUGCACGACACCAGGAGCCUCGUGCCUUGCCCUGUGUCGGCCAUGGUGGCAUCUCGAUCGCCUUCAAGAUCGCCUACAAAGACACCUCGCACGCCGAGGGUGCAGCGAAUCUCUGAUGAAGCUCUUUGCCUUCAGAUGCAGCAGUUCCUGGACAACUGGCACUAUGUGGUCAUGAAGAGCUCUCUGGGAAAGACCAUGGACCGCCUCAAGGCUUCGGCAGCGGACUCACCCUGUCAUUUUUGCCCUGACCCUGCAAAGCAGACUCUUUGGCUCAGAUCAUCUCUGUUUGAAGAGUUAUCGACGUCUCAGAGCAUCGGCCAGAUGCGUCAUGAUACGCUCUUCCAAACGGUCGCGACCCAUGCGGCCCGGAGUCUGAAGGCCAUCUUUGCCAACAUCGUUAAGAUACGUCAUCCGGAAAGAGAAUACAUCGGCUCGAAGCCAGCCAUGCGCCAUCGUGCUGUGCUGGUGCUGGUCCUCUGGGUGUGUCUUGAUCGAACCGCAAUUCUGCAGUGUCCAGAAACUGACGGACAAAAGAUAGGGACGGCACGCGUAAGGUUUGCCAACUUCGCGAACCUCGAUGAUGGAGGCUUGAGCCUCAUGCUUAGGCGAAGUAUUAGUGGCCUAGCAGCGACGGCGAUGACACUUCCCAUCGGUCCGCUAUGCCCCUUCCGCUCAGAAUUCUGGUCUGCGGAAGCCGUCAACAACUAUGCCGCCGAGAUGCCCAUCAAGCAAAGGCGCCUCACCGAGCUCAUGUCCAAAUUGCAGCAAGGAACUCCUCUGACUCCCGAGGAACAAUCUGAGAUGUGUCGGGACAUGCGGGAAACUAACGACAUGUGGCUUGCCACGAACUUCCGAUUGAGACGGGCCGACGACUUUCAAGCCCUCGAGCUCUUUGCCCUCACGGAGGUCCGGAUGCAGAAGGGCGGGUUGAGCAUGGAUGCAGUCGAGGCGCUCAUGAAGUGGCAGCCGGAGCAAAUGGCCGCCAUGCUCCAGGGCCGACCUCCUCCACCCCUCCCAUCGGGACUGAGCCCAGCGGCCAUACAGCAGAUGACCCAAUCGUUGCCAUCUGUAAUGUCAGCUACAUCCUCGGACGCAGGGCCAACCUCACCGCCCUUUACAGCCAAUGCAAAAGCCCUGGAAAGCACCGUUGUGCAAGACGAGCUCGAAGCGUUGACCAGAGACCACGAAGGUCUCAUCCGAUUCGGAGGCAAGUACCGCGAUUUUGACCCUUUGGGGAAGCAGGCCUACCUGGAUCAGGUCGCUCUGAUCCAGGACCGAUGGCGAGUCUUCAUCGGCAGGUUCCAGCUCAUGGGCGAGCUAAACCCGGACUACGUGGCGGAGUGCGAACGCUACUUGCAAAGUGUUGGCAUGACGAUCGACCAGUUUCACGAGCAUCUCCAAGCGACACACGACAAGAUGAGAGCAGAUGCUGAAGAUGAAGGGCUCAAGCGUUGA